AUGUCCCACCUGCUGAGGACCGUCUUCCGGUUGAGGGUUACUGUGCCCUUGGCUCGUCCUAUUUCUCGUCGCACAUAUUCUAUCGCUGCAGCUCACCCUGCUCCUACGAACCCCUCCGCAUCUCCGAAGCACACGACAUCGAACGACACCCUCCCCCAGCUGGAGACCCCCGUUCCGGACAACAUCAAACUCCAGCCCAAACGACUCUCAAUUGGCUCGCAAGGCAAUUGGUACUUGUAUACACUCCUCCGCGACUCCUGUAAAUGCCCGACCUGCGUGGACCAACAUUCCAAGCAGCGCAACUUCCGCACCACCGACAUCCCCGCCGACAUCCGGCCUCGGUCGCUCAAAUGGGUCGAUGGCAAGCUGGAGGUCCAAUGGGCCAACGACAUCAAGGGCUACGACGCCGCGCACACCUCCACAUAUGACCCGGCCGUCCUCCGCAACCCGACCGCCAUCGCGCGGCGCGGCGACGGCGGCCUGAGUCGCAAGCGGGUGACGUGGAACCGCGAGGCGAUGCGCCAAGUGCAGCAUUGGAUCUCGUACGAGGACUACAUCAACGACGAGGCCAAGUUCGCGACCGCGAUGCACCAGCUCGCCCUGACGGGCCUCAUCUUCGUCAAGGGCAUCCCCGACUCGCGGGAGAUGGUCGAAAAGAUCGCGACGCGCAUGGGCCCGCUGCGCAACACCUUCUACGGACCGACGUGGGAUGUGCGCAGCGUCCCGCAGGCCAAGAAUGUCGCCUACACCAACGUCUUCCUCGGCUUCCACAUGGACCUGAUGUACAUGAACGAGCCGCCGGGCUUCCAGCUGCUGCACUGUCUGCAGAACUCGUGCGACGGCGGCGAGUCGCUGUUCGUCGAUGGCUUUUACAUCGCCCGCCGCCUCGCCCUGACCAACCCUACCGCCUACCGCCGUCUCACCCAGCUGCGCCUCAACUACGAGUACAACCACCAGGACCACAAGUACAACAACCAGUGGCCUGUCUUCGAAGUCGACCCCGCCGCGCCCGACCGCCUCCUCCACAUCAAUUACUCCCCGCCCUUCCAGGGUCCCCUGCACCAUAGCCACCAGGACGCAGCCCGCCUCGAACCACAGCUCAAGGCGCUCCGCGAGUUCUCCGACCUCCUUGAGGAUGACCGCAACACGUUCGAGUUGAAGUUGAACCCGGGUGAUUGUGUGAUCUUUGAGAACCGCCGUGUGUUGCAUGCCCGUCGGCAGUUCAACACCGCCUCCGGGUCCCGUUGGCUGGCGGGUGCCUACGUCGACGAGGAUGCGGUUGUGUCUCGGUUCAAUGUAUCGCGAUCCAAGCAGAAGGAUGGCUGGUAUAGCGUGCCCCCCGGUGUCGCUGAGUUCACGAACGCGCGAUUGGCUGCGAAAGCCACGCGCGGAGGCAACAAGGACGCCUGA